GAUUGAAACUUGUUCACGUUGCAACAUAUGCAAAUGGUGAUCCAGAGCCUAAAUAUUAUCCAAAUCCAAGUUACGGUACUCAUAAAGCUUCAUUAGAUGUUUAUAGGAAUGCAAGUUUAAGAAUUUUUAAAAUUUUUAUGAGAUAUUGUAAUAUGGUACAACGUGCAAGUGUUGAUGAGGCUUAUCUGGAUGUAACAAAUAUUGUUAAUCAAAGAAUCGUGGAAAGAUAUCCAAAUCUUUUAUUACCAGAAAAUUUAGAAGAUGGGGAAGAAGUUCCACCUAUUUUAGAUUGGAAUGGAUUAGGAGUGUUGUAUAGAAGCCAAAUAAAUAAUGAUAUUGAAAAUAAUAAUAACAAUCCAAUUGAAUAUUUGGAUGAAAUCUAUAGUAAUGGAAAUAAUGAAAAUAUUAAUAAUGAUAACAUUAAUAAUAGUAAUAAUAGUAAUAAUAAUGAACAAAAGUCUGGUUUAGAUCAAUUUUCAUAUAAUGAUGAAUCAAAAGGUUGGGAUGAUAUGCAACUUUAUAUUGCAGCAGAAAUAUCAAAAGAAGUUAGAGAAACUAUUUUCAACGAAUUGGGAUACACAUCUUCUGCAGGAAUCGCGCAUAAUAUGACGUUAGCAAAGUUAUGUUCAGCAUUAAAUAAACCAAAUAUGCAGACUGUUAUACGAUCUAGCCAAACAUUGGGUUUUAUGCAAAAUUUGCCAUUUCAAAAAAUUCGUAAGCUUGGUGGUAAAUUAGGAGCUGAAGUUGGUAAUAUUUUGGGGAUAGAAACUGCAGGAGAAUUAUGGGGUUAUUCAGUAAGCGAAUUACAAGCAAAAUUUGGGAUGGCAUAUGGUGUUUGGCUUUACAAUAUAUGUAGAGGUGUUGACAGUGAAGAAGUUGUUCAAAGAAAUAUCUCAAAAUCAAUGAUGGCAGCCAAAUCAUUUAAACCACCAUUAAAAAGUUUAUCCCAAGUUGUACACUGGUGUAAUAUUUUAAGCUCUGAAUUAUAUAAAAGACUUUUAGAUGAUUAUGAAAUAAAUAAUAGAUGGCCAAAGACUCUUACAAUACAAUAUAAGUGUAUUAAUGAUUCAACAUCGCACUCUAAAUCUUGUACAUUUCCUAUUCGGUCAGAAGUUGAUUCACCUGAUUUAAUUUCAAAAAGGUUAUAUGGUCUUCUUGGAAAUUCAGAUAAUUUGUUUCCAUGUUCAAGAUUAUCAGCUUCAGCUAUAGUCAAUCAAGAACUAUUAAUUAAUCAACCUUUUGUAAUCAAUUCCAGUGCUGCUACACUCAAUGGAUCUUCUGAUUUCCAAAUUAUUUCUGAAAAUGCCCAAUCAUCAUUACCAUCAACCAAUAAUAUCAAUUUAAGGGAAUCUUCUACUCCAAAUUUGAAAACUACAAGAUUGCUCAAUAUGAAACCCGCCACUACCACAGGAUUAAGAUCAUCAUCUACAUCAAAAUCAAAAUUGAAGUCAUCAUUUAAAAAAAAAUCUAGAAUACCAUCAUCACCAUCCAAUAAUACUAUUCUUCAAUUUUUCACCAAACUAGAUCCAAAUUUAUUUAUCAGAUGUGAAAAAUGUUAUCGACCAAUAUCCAAUGAUAAAUUAGCUGAACAUUUAGAGAGUUGUAGUAAUAAAUCUAAUAAUAAUUUAAGAAAAAGGAAUAAGGAUAUUAGAAAUUAUUUUCAAUUGGAAAAUAAAAGUUAA